CGACCGCCGCGCCGCGCCUCUUAUCUCGGUAUGGCUUCAAAGGCAGUAGAAUAUGCAACUGUCCAAGUUGCACAAGGAACACUGAGAGGACAGAAAGUAACAAAAAAUGGUAACAAUUUCUAUAGUUUUCAAGGAAUUCCAUACGCAAAACCACCCGUUGGACCAUUACGUUUCAAGCCUCCACAACCUGCAGAACCAUGGCAAGGAUCACGAGACGCUUUGAAAGAGGGACCGAGCUCAGCUCAGAUAGAUUUUAUCCUGAAAACUCCAUUCUUAGGAGAAGAAGACUGUCUUUUUCUCAAUGUGUAUUCACCUAAGUUACCUGAAGGCAGUAAAACAACACAAAUACCAGUGAUGGUUUUCUUUCAUGGUGGAGCUUUUGUAGGUGGAUCUGGUAACACUGAAAUGUAUGGACCUGCCUAUUUAGUUCCAGAAGUUGUGCUUGUCACCGUAAACUACAGACUUGGAGCUUUAGGAUUCUUGUCUCUAGUCGAUGCGUCUGUACCAGGCAACAAUGGUCUUAAAGACCAAGCAGCUGCGUUGCGUUGGAUAAAACAGAAUAUAGCUUCCUUCGGUGGUGAUCCUAACAAUGUCACAAUAUUUGGAGAAAGUGCAGGAGGUGCAUCUGUGAACUAUCAUGUACUGUCUCCUAUGUCGAAAGGGUUGUUUCACAAGGGAAUUGCUCAAAGUGGAAGUGUACUUAACCCAUGGGCUUUGUGCACCCCGGAGCAAGCCCGAGAACGUGCUCAACGAUUGGGCAAAACACUCGGCUGUGACACUACUGACCAGAAAGAGUUGCUGAAGUUUCUGCAGACUGUGAGUGCGAAAGACAUUGUUGAAGCAAGCUCUAAAAUGAUGACCGAAGAGGACAAGAAGACAUUUACACUGGCAUUCUUUCUGCCAGUUCCAGAAAUAAAGGGAGGUUCUGAUGAAGAGGUGUUUCUUCCUGAUUACCCAAUUAACUUACUGAAGGAAGGAAAAUUUAAUCAUGUCCCUUAUAUGACAGGUAUAACGAAUGCUGAAGGGAUUGUGUUCAUGUCAGAUGUUUUGGCAAAUCCAGAUACUGUGAAAGUACUUGAUGAGAACUUCUACUACCUUUUACCAGCUGAAUUUCGUAAAAAGGGAAAAGAAAUAGUGCCAGAAAUUCAGAAACACUAUUUUGGAGGAGAAAAUUUAAGUCAGAGUAAUUUACCAAAACUUGUCAAUUUUUUUACCCAUACUUGGUUUUUAAAUGGAAUACAGGAAACUAUCAACUAUCUCGUUAGCAAAUCAUCCAAACCAGUGUACUACUACCUCUUUGAAUUUGUUGGAGAACUUAAUUUCUACAAAAAAUUCUUGAAAGCAGAAUCUCUUCCAGGGGCUUCACACAUAGAUGAUCUAGGGUAUCUCUUCCGAAUGGAUGUAAUGGAUAUUGAUGUGCAACCUCAAUCACCAACUUACAAUAUGGUACGAAAAAUGGUGAAACUUUGGUCAAACUUUGCAAAGACAGGAAACCCUACACCAAAUUUGGACUCUGAUGUCAAUGUUGCCUGGCCUGCAUAUACACAAUCUAAUGGUAAAUAUUUCAGAAUAAAUAGUGAUCUUAGAGCAGAUGAAAACUUGCUGACAAAUGAUGUCAAAUUUUGGAAUAAAAUACAAAGAGAAAAGUAAUAUUGAAAGUCAGUAAAAUGUUGCUGUUAAGUAUAUUAAAAAUGUAUUAAUAUGACAGUCAACUAUAUACUUUUAUUGUUGAAAUGACAUUACAUGUUACAGUUGUUGGUAGCAAAAAUUGAAAUGAUCAUUAUUACACAAAAUAAAUUUGUUGGAACUGAAUACUGUGCACUGUCUUAGUGGAUAAAUCACUGUUCACUCCUUGUCGGGUACACGUAGAAGUAAUGCAUAUUGCAAUAGUUUUACAAAACAAAGGGUAGAGAUGAAACAAAUAACAAUACAUGCAGUAAGCUGAGAGUGUAAUAACGCUGCUCGGGGAAAUGUAAAAAUCUUCACUGAAGACAAACUCCUUAGUACACCUUCAGUUGGUUCUUCUCAUCAAAACCUGCAGAAUGACCAGCAUUCCGAACGAUGAAGCUGGCUCCAUCAUAAUGCAUGCGUCUUUCACCACGUCGAACAAAGAGGUGAGAAGUUUGCCCCAUGGAGGCAGUGCAGUGCAGGAAAGGGGUAGUGAGGGAUGCAGUACCAUUGGAAGGGGAUGUACGCAGCUGAUAUUUGUUGCUGUUACGAGCAACUCUUACAAGGCCAUCUUGGGUUUGUGAUACCCUAACGUUAUUAACAAUCCAGUUUUCAAUGCCUUCUUCAGUUACCCAGUACUGAGAGCUCUGGAGAAUUGACACAGCUUCUUGAAAAUAUGAAGGUCCAUGACGAGAGUCAUUGUAGAACACAGGUAAUGAAAAGUCUUGCCCCAUAUCACAGAAAUUAUCUGUGGUUGUACGUGUACCAGCAGCAUCCACUAAGUACACCAAUGCACAUUGUUCAGAAGUAAAGCUCACUCCUUUGUACCACAUCUUCGCAUAUCUGGUACACACAGACGUCGUCGUUGGAGUAGUAGGAGAGCGGCUUGGGGGGCGACCGCGGCAGCCGCCACAUCUGCGUCGGCGACGUGGACGUGAAGCUGACGGCGGUCUGGGCGGCGAGCACGCCCGUGGGCCACUGCUCCGUCGCCGGGGGCUCGAAGAACUUGGAGAAGUCGCCAUAGCGCUGGUAGGUUAUGUAGUCUUGACAACUUUCCACAGUCUCUUCGUGGUAGGAGUAAGCUGUGUAUAAACUUCUGGUUCUCACAGAUUCUGAUGCGUCCUCAGGAGUCCCUUUCCUGAAAUCUGACAAAGUCGAAUUUUGGUCAGCCAUUCAC